UCGUUCAGCCUUGAUCAGCGUCGUACAUACCGAGCCACAUACUCAUGUCUUAUUUAUAUCUUCAUGGGCUCUGCAGUUGGCCGGGGAUCCGACAUUCUAUCAUGUGAACUAAGACAGCGUACUACAAAGUGGUUUCGAAUUUACAUCCUUGGCGUCAAGUUGGUUUUCCAAGUUCCACUCAAUCGGUCACUGAACUCUCUUGCAACGGGAAUUCCUUUCCUCGACUCGUGUUCAGUGGUUGAUACAAGCUACCAGUUCGCCUGAUAGAGAUGGAUGGGCUUUCAGAAACGGAGCCACUCCUGCGCUCAGCGCAGGUCCAGCGGAAGGUGAACCGACGAGAUUUCAGGCGAAGGCUGUUCAUCUGUGCAAAACGAGGCCGAUGAGGUGUUUGACAAUGUGCCCUGAUGCAAAGAAGCAGAUCGGACUUGCUAGUGCAGUGAUGCUCAUAUUCAACAGGGUGAUUGGAACUGGGAUUUUUGCAUCACCCAGCAUCAUCUUGCGGUCUUCUGGGAGCGUAGGAAUGACUUUCGUUAUGUGGAUACUUGGUGCACUCGUCGCAGCCGCAGGUACCGCUGUAUAUGUAGAAUUCGGAACGGGACUGCCAAGAAGUGGUGGGGAGAAGACCUACAUGGAAUAUAUCUAUCGUCGACCGCGGUUCAUGACUACUUGCUUCUACGCGAUAUAUGGAUUGCUCAUAGGUUGGUUAUCAGCAAGUAGCGUUGUUUUCGGAGAAUACACCUUGCAUGCCUUCGCAAUCCAGCCUGCUACCAUUAAUGUUCGAGUUGUCGCCUUGCUGUGCUCGACAUUCUGUCUCGUCAUCCACGGUGCAUUCUUGAACUACGGGCUGAAGCUACAAAAUGCACUGGGUUUCUUCAAGUUAUUCGUGUUACUCGUCAUCGUUGUUUCUGGGCUCUUCAGCCUCGCUGGUGUCCCUGGAUUCGCCGUACGUGCUGAAUACGAGAUUCCACACAAUUUCACGUGGUCGUCUUUCUGGGAGGGGACUGACACAGGUCUGAAUGCAUUCGUCACAGGAAUGUAUAAUGUCAUCUGGUCUUACAUUGGAUAUUCUAAUGCCAAUUAUGCUUUGUCUGAAGUGCGAGAUCCCAUCCGCACCAUCAAGCGCGCUGCACCCCUUGCUAUGAUCCUCGUCGCAGUCGCAUAUUUGUCCGUGAAUGUUGCGUACUUUGCCGUUGUAUCUAAGCAAGACAUGUUGGGAGGUGGCACCAUGGCAGCAGCACUAUUCUUCAGGAACAUCUUCGGUCCGGCUACAGAGCGGAUCCUGAGUGUUGUUAUUGCACUGUCAACCCUGGGAAACAUAAUGAGCAUCCUGUUCACCCAAGGCAGAGUUGUGCAAGAGCUAGGCCGAGAGGGUAUUCUACCAUUUUCGUCUUUCUUCGCCAGUAACAAGCCUUUCGAUGCACCUCUCGCUGGGCUCUUCGCGCAGUGGCUCAUUUCUAUGAUCGUCAUGGCCGCCGCUCCUCCCGGAGACGCCUAUCUCUUUAUCGUAAACCUCUCAUCGUACCCCUUGACGAUGUUCAACUUGCUGAUAUCGGGUGGCCUCCUCCUUCUAUACACCCCUGCAUUCAAAUCUUACGCUUGGCUCCCGCCAUUCCGAGCGUGGAAGUCCAUCGUCGUGUUCUUUUUCUUAUCCAAUGUCUUCCUUGCUAUAGUGCCUAUGAUCCCACCGUCUCCAGGAUCCGACAUCUAUGAACAUCUCCCGUAUUGGUCCCACGUCGUUAUAGCAUUAUCAAUCGGUUUACUUGGCAUUAUAUACUGGUUUGUUUUCUUCGACUGGAUACCCAGGAAGCGUGGAUAUCGUAUCGUACAGGAGACUGUCUUACAGGAUGAUGGGGUCUCACGGAAUGUCCUUCGGCGAAUACCCAAUGGAUUAGGUGAUGAAGGAUCUGCGCGAAUGUAGAUGCACUGCAGAUGCAUCAGUUCAUAGAUGCUAUCUGAUA